AUGACAAUACUGAAGGGCUGUUUGAUUUUCAUAGUGCUAGGAUUAACUCUAGGAAACCAGAGGCCAAUAUUUAAAGCUAACGGAAAUAUCCUAUGGAAAAGUGACGGUUUUCAAUUUGUAGAAACAACUUCUACAACUGUCGGUGGAACAGCAUCACGAUUUGCUACCCCGGUUCCAGUGGUGAAGGAGAGUAUAUACUCCAUAUCCCCGGAAGAAUGGACACAAACAGGAAACCGUGUGUCGGAUUUUAAAAAUAUUCAUUUAGAAUCCAUUGAUAACGAAAUCCAAAAUUUUACCGUCAAUGAAUCGACUGACCGUGCUGAUACCAAUAACGACACAAACGAAGCCUCUAUCGCUAACAAUAUAUUUCAAACAGAUAAGGAUUCUGUUGCAAGGAGUCUGGAACAACAAAAUGUGGGAAAUAUUGAAAACAUCACAGCUGUGAUCAUUGAAGGUGCCAAUAUUGUAAUACAAAAAAGUGGUACAGAAAGGGAUAUGCUUCAUGGAGAAAAUUCAACAAGUUCUUUUAUACCCUCUACGACAAGCCCCACGCGCAACAGUGAUUUAGAAACCCCAACACACAAUUCAACGAAAACUACUGCUGAAGGCGGCGACAAAUUGAACAGGUUGCUUUCAAGUCCUGGAAUAAAUGAUAUCAGCACAACAACCGUCACAUAUAUCCCUGAAGAGAAAGUGUCAAUUGUAUCAGAAACUGUUGAUACAAAGAGCCCAAGUAAAUUUCAAUCUCCAACAGGGUCCAUUUCUUUGGACUCGUUUGUUAACAUGCUUUUGCCAAACGAAGUAAAGGAUCAAGUGAAAAAUAGAGAAAAUGUAAUAAAAGAAACAUUAGAACCAUUAGAUCUAAGUCAAACAACUCUAAAUCUGGAUCUCCAAGAACAAACAACACAAAAAAUAACUCAGAAGCCAGCAACCAACACACCAAAAGUACAAGCAGCCACAUCAGGAGACACCACAACACAAGAGCUUUCAACAGUGGACCCAACAAUUCAAACUUCAGUAAUGAAAGAACCUACAACACAGACUCCAACAAUUCAAGAGAAAACAAGUCCAGAACAAAGUGUUCAAGAGAAAAUAGUAUACCAGCAAAUAACCAAAGAUACAGAUACACAAAAUCUACCAAUUCAAGGAAAUAGAAAAGUUCGAAAAAUUGGAAACAUCACAGUGCCCCAUGAUGUGAUCCUUGAGGGUCCAAAUGAUGGUUUUCAGGUAGUUGCCUCGGAAACUGAACCUACAAAUAUUCAAGAGGCCACUGAAAUAACAGCUUUUCCUGAUCAUUCUACUUCGAAAACAAUAACUCCUGAACCAACGACCCCUGAACUAGCAACUCCGGAACGAACAACUCCAAGUUCAAAAACAAAUGGAACAAUAGUCACUGAACAAACAACUUCUGAAUCUACAACUUCACAAUCAACAACUCGUAGACAAACAACACAGGAACUGACAACCUCAGAACCAAUAACUUCUGAAGCAACAUCUUCUGAACCUAAAAUUCCAGAACAAACUCCUCCAACGACUUCAGAAACUACAGAGUCGACAACUCCAGAAACAAUACUCCCUGAAAUAACAACUCCAGAACAAAUCACUUCUGAACAAACAACGCUAGAAUCAACCACUCCUAAACUAACAACUCCAGAGUCAACUACUCUUGAACCAGCCAAUCCCGAAACAGUUACUACAGAACGAAACACGUCAGAACCAACAACUCUUGAAACAACUCCCGAGUCAACAACUCCAGAACAAAAAACUAUAGAACCCGAAACUCCAAAACCAAUCACCCCUAAACGAACCACUGAGGAAUUUAUAAGUUUAGUACAAACCACUCUUAAACCCACAACUACAGAACCAGCUACAUUAGAACUAACCACGGUAGAACCCACAACUCUAGAAUCAACCACUGAAGAACCCACGACUCCAGGACCAACCACUCUAGAAACCACAACUGCAGAACCAACCACACCUAAAUACACAACUACAGAACAAACCACCCCUGAACCCUCAACUCCAGAACCAACAACUCUAAAACCAACAAUGCCUGAACUCAGAACUGAAGAACCAACCACUCUAAAACCCACAACUCCAAAACAAACCACUCCUGAACAAUCCACACAUGUACCCACAACUCCAGAAUCAACCACUCCUGAACCAACAACGCCAGCACCAACUUUUGAAGAACCUACAAGCCCGGAAUCAACCACUGAAGAGCCUAUAACCCAAGAACCAAAAACUCUAGAAAUGAUGACAUCAGAACAAACUACACCUGAACCAACAACUCGAAAACCAAAAACUCUGGAAUUAAACACUCCUGAAACCUCCACUUUUGAACUAUCCACUACAGAACCAAGCACUUCUGAACAAACAACUCCAGCAGCAAUUACUCAAAAACCAACACCUAGCAAACAAGGUACUGAAGAGACUUCCACUCCAGAACCAACCACUCUAAAGCCUACAACAUCAGAACCAACCACGUCUGAACCAACAACUUCAGAACUAAUCACUCCUCAACCUACAACUUCAGAACCAACUACUCUUGAACCCACAACUGCAGAACAAACCACCGGAAAACCCACAACUCCAGAAUCGACCACUCUAAAUCCCACCACUCCAGAACCAACCACUUUAGAAACCACAACUUCAACCACUGAAAAACCCACAACUCAAGUUCAAAUCACAACUGAACCAACAAUCCUAGAAUCAACCACUCUUGAACCAGCAACUCCAGAACCAACCACUAUAGAAUCCACAACACCAACCACUAAAGCACCCAAAACUCCAAAAGCAACCACUCUUAAACCCACAACUCCAGAACCAACAACACCUGAAACCACAACUCCAGAACCAACCACACCUGAACCAACAACUCCAAAGCCAACAACUCCAGAGCCAAUCACUCCAGAACCAACCACUCAAGAAACCACAACUCCAAAGCCAACCACUCUAGAAUUCACGACUUCAACCACUGAAGCACCCACAACUCCAAAAGCAACCACUCUUAAACCCACAACCCCAGAACCAACCACACUUGAACCAACAACUCCAGAACCGACCACACCUGAACCAACAACUCCAAAACCAACCACUCCUGAACCAACAACUCCAAAACCAACCACUCCUGAACCAACAACUCUAGAACUAACAACUCUAAAAUUCACGACUUCAACCACUGAAGCACCCACAACUCCAAAAGCAACCACUCUUAAACCCACAACUCUAGAACCAACCACACUUGAACCCACAACUCCAGAGCCAACCACACCUGAACCAACAACUCAAAAACCAGCUACUCCUGAAACGACAACUUCAGAACCAACUACUGUAGAACCCACAACUCCAAAACCAACAACUCUAGAAUCCACGACUUCAACCACUGAAGCACCUACAACUCCAAAAGCAACCACUCUUAAACCCACAACCCCAGAACCAAUCACACCUGAACCAACAACUCCUGAAUCGACCAAACCUGAACCAACAACUCCAAAACCAACCACUCCUGAACCAACCACUCUAAAACCAACCACUCCUGAACCAACAACUCCAAAACCAACCACUCCUGAACCAACAACUCUAGAACCCACAACUCCAAAACCAACCACUCCAAAACCAACUUCAGCACCAACAACUCGUAGACAGACAACCCCUGAACCAACAACUUUGGAACCUAAAGCCCCUGAGGCAACUACUUCUGUGCAGAAAAUUACUGAACCAGCAACAUCUGUAGCAAUAACUUCAUCGCCACCUCCCCUUGAAACUUUGUGUGAAAAUAGUGCUUAUAUUGAUGGCAUCGGGUACAAUACAUAUCCAGGACAAUGCAACAAAGUUGUUCAAUGUUACUUCAACUACGAUCAAACAAAAGCAGUUCUUAGAGAAUGUCCAGUUGGAUUAUUCUGGCAUCAAGACCACGCCAUGUGUAAAUCACCAGAAAAAGUGCCGUGUUACGAUGACCAAUGUCUCAAGAUUGAUGUAAAUGCCUACGCAAGGUCUGGUGGCUGUAGGUCUCAUUAUUCAUGCGAAGCGGGAAUUUCGGUCCCAGCCUGCUGUGAAAAGGGAUUUCGCUUUGAUGGGCAGGGUUGUGUUCCGGACAGUUCUUGCACAGAUUCCUGUGAAACGCCAAACGACUUAAGACGACGUGUAAAUCAACAAAUGUGUAGGUUCCUACCAGAUAGUGGCAACCCAUAUGGAUACCUUACCCUAGAACACAGUGGUCUUCGAUUUAGAGCAUGUCCAUACGGAACCGAAUUUAGUGCUAGUCAAUGUAUCUGCACUUGGAAUCCGAUGAAAACCAUAACAUACCAACGAAGAGAAGUUUGCAAACCUGACUUUAAGAUGAAUUUCGAUAGAGACUUGUUCAAGGAACUCUCUGGAUCCAACAUGGCUUUUUACGUAGAAAACGCAAUUAUACAAAAUGGCGCAGCAAAGUUCAAUGGAAACGGAAAGAUUACAUUGUGGGGUUUUAUGAACAAAGAACUGGGAGAUGAAUUUGCCGUUAGAGUUAGAUUUAAGCCUUUCCAGACAGAGGGAGGGUAUGGAAUGCUAGUUUCUAACUGUGGACAUGAAGGUCUACCAACAGUAGAAAUAUCUAUGCAGGAUAAAAAAGCGAGACUAGUAGCUAAAAGUUUACUAUCCAACUCUCCAUCCAUUUUAGAAUAUCAUAUAAUUCCCUAUGAAUGGAAUGAGAUCUCCUAUCACUACGAUGGAAAUACGUUUACUGCUGAAGUUAAUGGCAACAGCAUCUCAGAGAGACUUACUGGUGGAAUAGAGACGAGCUCGAACCCGAUGUUUAUUGGGGGCUGUCCGAAGCCCGGUUCUGGAUUUAAUGGUUUAGUAGACAAUGUUGAAAUUUACAGCAAUUGCGUUCCUUCGAAUUUCCUAAAAAACUAGAGAUGAAAAGAAAUCCUGCUCAUUUAGAAUCAUAGUUCUAUAUCACUGUUCACACUCACUGAUAGACAUUUGCUCUUUAUUUAUUAUCCAUUUUUAUUUAUAUACAUUUUCAUCUGUACAUCAUAAAACAAAACUUGUAAAACAAUCAUGUCUUCUUAUAUGUGUAUGUGUUUGUAACUAACGA